AUGCUCAAGUGCGUGGUGGUCGAUGCCGGGGCGUGGGGCUGGCGGUGCCUGCUCUUGAGCAAUGCCAAGAACAUCUUCCCGGAGGAGUCGGUGCCCACCGUCUACGACCACUACGCAUUUAGCUUCACCGUCGGGGGCAAGCAGUACCUACUGGGACUCUAUGACACGGCCGGACAGGAAGAUUAUGACCGUCUGAGGCCUUUAUCUUAUCCCAUGACCGAUGUCUUCCUUGUAUGCUUCUCUGUGGUAGCUCCAGACUCAUUGCAAAAUGUGAAAGACGAGUGGGUACCAAAACUUAAGAAAUAUGUACCAGAUGUACCCUUUUUAUUAAUAGGAACUCAUAUGGAUCUUUGAGAUGACCCCAAAACUUUAGCAAGGCUGAAUGACAUGAAAGAAAAACCUGUAUGUGUGGAACAAGGACAGAAACUAGCAAAAGAGA